AAGAGUUUGUGAGUAUUCAAAGAAAAAAUAUCUGCAAAACCUGGCCUUCAAAAGAAGAGUGUGUGAGUAUUCAAAGAAAAAAUAUCUGCAAAACCUGGCCUUCAAAAGAAGAGUGUGUGAGUAUUCAAAGAAAAAAUAUCUGCAAAACCUGGCCUUCAAAAGAAGAGUGUGUGAGUAUUCUGUAAUGAAAUAUCACAAAGAUGUGAACUUCCGUGUUCUUUCAAUACAAAAAGGUUGUGAAAAGUAUGCAAGAAAGAAGGAACAACAAGACAUUGCUGUUGCUAUUGGUAAUUUUAGACAAGAAAUUAGUAGUGGUCUAGAGUUUGUGUGCUGUGUCUGUCACCGUUUACUUUUCAGAAAGCAGGUUGUUGAAUGUAGAACACAUUGCUAUGAAGGCAAAGGUGUAAAAAUCGCUGCUUUGGGAAGAAGAUGCAUCACAACCAGGUAUCUUCAUGUCUGUGAUCAAAAGUGUGAAGGAUCUUCUGCUCAUUCCUCAGGGUGCAAAUUAUGGAUCUGUCUAACGUGUCAUCGAAAAAUCCUUUGUGGACAACUGCCUGAAGAGAGCGUUGCAAACAACAUGCAUUUGGUGGAUGUUCCAAAUCAACUGAAAUGCCUCAACUCUUUGGAACAACAUCUCAUUGCACGUAACAUUCCUUUUAUGAAAUUAUUGUGCCUUCCUCGUGGUAAACAACAUGGAUGCCAUGGCCCUGUAGUGUGCGUCCCAGUUAAUGCCUCAGAUGUGUCCAAUAUCCUUCCACGAAAUGAAUGUGAUGACAAGAUGAUAAGGAUCAAACUGAAACGCAAGUUAACCUACAAAGGGCAUUAUGAGUACAAGUAUGUACACACUGAUCGUGUUCGAAAUGCUCUGAAAUAUUUAAUCCAGUUCAAUAAGUGGUUCGGUGAUGUGGAGAUUAAUCAGCAGUGGAUCAACUCUUUGAACGAACCAGAAGAAAAUGUUGUAGAUGAAAUGGAGCAACAAGACGUAGUUGAAAAGAUUGAUGACGAAAAUGACCUUGAUGAACAGCAAGAGGAAGACCUUACCUACAUCAAAGAGCAAAGUGGUCUUUUGUCAGAUACGUCUUUGCAACCUGUGGACAUCGGUUCAGAAGUAAUUGAUCAGCAUUUCCAAGAUGUAUUAAAUCUGGCACCUGCUGAAGGUAACAGUCCUGUUAGUUUGUUAUCCGAUAGGUCUAACGAAGCAAAAUGUUUCCCUGUUCUGUAUCCAACUGGUGGUCCAACAUUUCAUGAUAAGAGGGAGGUAAAAAUAACACUGUCGAGAUACUUGAAUGCAAGAAUCCUCAAUGCAGAUGGACGUUUUGCACGAAGCACAGACUUCAUUUUCUAUGCACAGUAUCUGUCUGAGAUUGAUCAAGUUGUAUCCAAUGUUUCAAUUGCUUUGCGCAAAGGAUCUGAGAAGAGUUUGUUGACUGAAGUGACAUCAGAUGUACUAACAAACCCAGACUCGUUAUCUAAAAUCUUGAAUUUUGAUGAAGGAUACAAGUUUUUGAGACCAAUCCGUGGAACGCCUCCAUAUUGGCAGUCUACUCAAAAGGACCUUUUUGCACUUGUAAGACAGCUAGGUAUUCCAACUUUCUUUGCAUCCUUUAGUUCUGCGGAUCUCAGAUGGCCAGAAAUGAUUAGUACUAUAAUCAAACAAGAAGGGAAAAAUCUGAAAGCAGAUGAACUUGACUGGUCUGAAAAAUGUGGAUUGAUUAGACGAAACCCAGUGACUGCUGCAAGAAUGUUUGAUCAUAGAUGGCAUUGUUUUCUGAGAGAUGUAAUCAUGUCUUCAGCUCAACCGAUUGGUAAGAUAGUAGAUUACUUUUAUCGGGUAGAGUUUCAACAGCGUGGAUCUCCUCAUGUUCACUGUCUGUUUUGGGUUGAAAAUGCCCCAAUGUUAAAUGAAGACAAUGAAGAAAACGAUGGUUUGGUUGCUAGUUUUAUUGAUCGGUACAUCACUUGUGAGAUCCCAAGCGAGGAUGAAACUGAUCUGUUUGAGAUUGUCAACUGUGUUCAGAAGCACAGUGUCAGACAUUCAAAGACGUGUCGUAAGAAAAAGACAGUUUGCAGAUUUAAUUUUCCACGACCCCCAUCAAGCCGUACCUUUAUUACAAGAGGUGGUAGUCGAGACGAUUUGAAAAGCGGUGACGGAAAAGAUACUGCACGUGCAGUUUUAGAAAAAGUGAAAAAGGCUUUAACAGCUUCUGAUAUGGAUUAUGACUCUACUGAUGCAUUUUUUGAGUCCAUUGGUAUUAACCAAGCUAUCUUUGAGAAAGUGUAUGGGCAGUGUUCCAAAAAGAAAUCCAUUGUCCUGAAAAGAAGUCCAAAAGACGUCUGGGUGAACCAGUAUAAUAAACAUUUACUGCGUGCCUGGCAAGGCAACAUGGAUAUCCAGUACGUCACUGAUGCUUACUCCGUAGUGGUUUACAUUAUCAGUUACAUCACAAAAGCAGAACAAGAAAUGGGAUUGUUGCUGCAACGUGCGCAAAACGAAGCCAUGAAUGGAAACCUUGAAGCGAGAUCAUCACUGAAGAUGCUUGGUAGUGUAUAUCUUCACAACCGAGAAGUUUCUGCUCAAGAGGCUGUGUAUCGUCUGACCGGUAUGCACUUGAAGGAAUGUUCUCGUAAAGUCCAGUUUAUUCCAAUUGGAUUGAAUCCUGUAAAGAUGAGUUUGCCUCUUCGUGUCAUCAAAAACAAAGUUGAUCAGUCUGGUGAAGAAGCUAGCUUUUGGAUGACUAGUCUGGUUGACCGAUACAAGAAUAGGCCAAACACUGAAGAGUUUGAGACCCAAUGUCUAGCAAGUUUUUGCUCUGAAAACAGGAUCUUGUCAAAAUCGGAGGUUUCUUCACAAAAAAAAUCUUCUGAAGACAAGGUGAUCAAGCUUAACAACGACUGUGGUUAUAUGAUGAAGAGAACUCGAACUGACCCUGCUGUUGUUCGAUAUCCGAGAUUUUCUCCCAAAAAAGAUCCAGAAAAGUACUUUCAUUCAUUGUUGCAACUUUUCUUGCCACAUUAUGAAGAUUGUCAGCUCAAGCCUGAGAGUUUUAGCACUUAUGAGGAAUUCUACAACAGUGGUGCUGUGAAAUGUGGGAGAAAUGUGACUCAAGUCAAAUGUAUUGUUGAUGCUAAUCGAGCACUCUUUGAAAAGGAAAGUGACAAAAUUGAUCGAGCUCAACAGCUUUUGGAGCAAGGUGUUGAUUUGGAAGAUGCUUGGGCUGCAUUAUGUCCUGAAACUGAAAAGGAACGUCACGAAUGCUUAGAACUAAGGAAGAGUAAUGCAAUUCCUGAUGAAGAUGAUUCGGAGUGUUCUAUUCCAGAUCUUGUAACGAACCCUCGAACUCCAUACAGAAUUGAAACCAAUCAGGCUGGAAUUUCUAGAGAGGAAGCAUUAUGUUUACUGCGAUCAUUAAAUGCACAACAAUGUGCAAUCUUUUACAAAGUACGGAAAUGGUGUUUAGAGAAACUUCUUGGUGAAAACCCUGAACCAUUUCACUUGUUUGUCACUGGUGGAGCAGGCACAGGCAAGAGUCAUUUAAUCAAAGCGAUCUACUAUGAAUCCUCCAGACUUUUAUCUCAGCUGUCCGAAAACCCUGAUGAUAGAAGUGUGAUUUUAACUGCGUCAACCGGAGUGGCCAGUUUUCAAAUUGGUGCUUCUACAAUCCAUAAUACCUUUUCCAUAGGUGCCAAUGUCAAACUGCCAUAUCAGCCCCUAGGUGAUGACAAAAUCAAUUCACUGCGUGCAAAACUUGGAGGUUUGCAGAUUCUGAUCAUUGAUGAGGUGUCUAUGGUUGACCAUCACCUUUUGUCUUAUGUUCAUGGUAGAUUGAGACAAAUUAAGCAAACUGGUGACUACUCAAUUUUUGGAAGAGUCAGUUUGGUCUGUGUUGGUGAUUUUUAUCAGCUACCGCCAGUCAAGGGAAUUCCCCUGUACGUUGAUCCAAAAGGAGUGAAUCUUUGGGAUACCAACUUUGAAAUUGCUGAACUAACACAAGUUGUCAGGCAACAAGAUGCAUCUUUUGCUGAAAUGUUAAAUCGUCUGAGAGUUCAUAAAAAGAACGAAACUCUAAGCCCAAAUGACAUCAACAUGUUGAAGCAACGUGAAACUGGUGAAGAAUGCGAUGCUAUUCAUAUAUUCCCUACAAAUGCUCAGGUUGAUGAGUACAAUAUACAGAAACUUAAUGAGCGUUGUCCUGAGGCAAUCACUAUUCACGCUAGAGACUUUGCUAGAAAUCCAAAAACUGGAAGAAUAGAAAGGAAAGUUGGAUUUCAUGCAAAAGUUUUCAACUCGUGUUUGGACAAAUGUGUUUCCUUGGGUGUUGGUGCCAGAGUAAUGCUUAGGAAAAAUGUUGAUGUUUCUGAUGGACUUGUCAAUGGAGCCUGUGGCACAGUUGUCCACAUAAGCAGAAAACAAAGACGUGAUGAUGAUGAUGAUGAUGAUGACUUCCCAUCAGCUAUCCAUGUUGAAUUUGAUGAUCCAAAUGUUGGUAAAAUUCAGAGAUCGAAGCUGCGACAGAAAUAUUCCCCAAAUUCGACUGUUAUUGAAGUGGAAGAAGAUCAAGUGUCAAACGAUGGUGGUUUAAGACGUCAGUUUCCACUUAAAUUGGCAUGGGCAUGCACCGUUCAUAAAGUGCAAGGACUCACCGUAGAUAAAGCGGUCGUCUCACUUGACAAGGUAUUUUCUCCGGGACAAGCAUACGUUGCACUGAGUCGUGUGAGAACCCUCGAUGGACUAAUAAUUAAUAACUUCAAAGAUUCUGUCAUAUAUUGUAAUGAGAAAAUUGACUCUGCUAUGAAAAACAUGCCCCGACUUGCUUUAGAAAAUUACAGUUUUGUAAAGGCACCUGGCAUGUUUACAAUUGCUCUUCAUAAUGUACAAAGUCUUCGAGCUCAUGUUCAGGAUCUUCAAGUUCACAGACAGAUAAUGAAUGCAGAUUGCAUCUGUUUAACUGAAACGUGGCUAAAAGUUGAAGACCAAGUACAAAUUCCAGGAUUUGUUUUUAAGAGCAAUCCAAGAGCUAAAUGUUAUGACAACAGUACUCCACUUUUCACUGAUUUAAAACAACAAAGAGGAGGUGGAGUUGGACUAUUCUGUUGUGAAAGCAUUCAUUUUAAUGUCAGGGUUCCAGAACCUUGUAACUUGGAAUGUCUAUACUUUGCAGUUCCACAUCUAAGUUUGAAUGCUGCUUUGCUGUACAGACCUAAUUCAUAUCCACUUAAUCGGUUUCGACAAAAUAUGUUGCAUGUUAUUGAUGAGCUGGAGAAACAGUCAGGAAAGAAAGUGAUUAUGGGAGACUUCAAUGAGGACAUCUUGACAUCAUCUACAAUUGGUACACUAAUGGAACUGCAUGGAUACAGUCAACAUGUGCAACACCCUACCACUGAAAAAGCUUCCAACUGGCAUACAACUGCAGGGCAAGUGUACAACUGGCGACGGUAUGUUCUAAGUCUAUCUAUAUCUAAAUGAAUAACUCUUAUAAUGAUCCAUCAGUUGGAUAUGUACAGCUGUUCCAUGUUAUGAUUGAAGUAUUAUCUGAAGGUAAUCCAUUUUAUCAAUGCAACACUCUGAAAUGAGAAUUGUAUCACUGUAUUGUCUGUUCUGUUUUUGUGUCCUUACGAUAUGAGCGCUAUCCUGAGAUUCCAACAUGGUCCGAGUCCAGUUAAUCCAGCCUGUAAUUCAAACAAGUGAUCAUCAUUUUCAACCCAACAUCUCCCAUAAUUGCUCUUCUUUCUUGAGCUAGUAAGCUUCACUCAGCCAAGUCAUUCUAAGCCAUCCAAAUCAUAAUGGAUGCUUCCAAACAUUAUAGGAAACAUCUACAAAGACUGCCUGCAUCCAUCCAUUUGUCUCUUAAUAUCACAAUUAAGUCAAUAGAACAACACAAAAUUGGUUUGUGCAUCAAGUCUCACUAACUACUGUCAAAGAUUUCUGCAAUAUGCUACAUAUUUGAAACUUCCUCCUUAUCCUAUAUUAGAUUUUUUUCUUCGCCAUGAACUGUUUUUAUGAAGAGGCACACAACCAAUCAAAAGGUUUGUGCAAUACGUUACACUUCAAACUUCCACCUUAUCCAUUAUGAUUCUCUGUUCCACGGACUGUUUUUAUGAAGAGGCACACAACCAAUCAAAAGGUUUGUGCAUGAAAACCCAAUAUCUACUGUCCACUGUUCCCAAGAGAUUUCUGCAAUAUGCUACAUAUGUGAAACUUCCUCCUUCAGUAUUGGAUUCUCCACUCCAUGAACUGUUUUUAUGGAGAGGCACACAACCAAUACAACGAUUUCUGCAAUAGCUACAGUUGAAACUUCUUCCGUAUCCAUUAAAUGAUUCUCCACUCUAUGAACCCUUUUUAUGAAGAACACAACUGAAAAAAGUGAAUACAAAAUCAUUGUUCAAGUAUCUUCAGAAAUAGUCCCGGCAAAAUUCUAAACUGAUGCAGUCAAUAGUCAAAGAUCUCACAAAUGCAUAACCACAAAAGUAACACAAUUCUAUAUGAAAUGUUGUAUGGAUGGCUUGUAAUAUAUUUGGUCUAUGUACAGCAAAUUUACAUGCCAGCCAAAGGAGGAUGGCUUGCCCCUGCUGAGUCUGGUUCCUCCCAAGGUUUCUCCCUAUACCUCCGCUGAUGAUCCUCUUCACUAAUUUAGGGAGUUUUUCCUUGCCACUGUUGCCUUCUGGCUUGCUCACUGGGGUUUUAAGGCACAAUAUUUUCAAUGUAAAGUGUUUGUAAAGAAAAAUAAAUACAUGAUGAAUUAGAAUAU